AUGACGAUAAGUGUUGGGGCAAACUCCAAGCUCUUCAAGCCACUCACGAUCGGCAAUGGCAAGAUCAAGCUGGAGCAUCGCGUCAUCCUCGCGCCGUUGACGAGGAACAGGGGCACUCCGCUGAGCUCUGAGAGCACGGCGGAGAACCCAAACCGCGUGUGGCUUCCCAAUGGCUUGAUGGCUGAGUAUUACAGCCAGCGGACCACGAAGGGAGGCCUUCUUAUCUCCGAGGGAGUGCCUCCAUCUCUCGAGGGCAAUGGCAUGCCAGGCGUUCCAGGGCUUUUCCUCGAAGAGCAGAAGGCGGGCUGGAAGAAGGUCGCAGACGCGGUCCACGCAAAAGGCGGAUUCAUCUACAUGCAAAUCUGGCACUCUGGCAGGGCCAACGUCCCUCAGAUGACCGGCACGCCGAUCCUCUGCCCGUCUGCCACACCCUGGGAUAGUCCGGAUGAGAACUUCAUGUAUCCUCUUCCGCACAGCAAUAAGUUUGUCAAGUAUCGCGACUUCCCACCCACCGAGCUGUCAGUACCCCACAUCAAGAAGACGAUCCAGGAUUACUGCAGGACGGCCAAGUGGGCAGUUGAAGAGUGCGGCUUCGACGGCAUUGAAGUGCACGGCGGGAACGGGUACCUGCCUGAACAGUUUCUUGCUUCCAAUGUCAACAAGAGGACGGACGAGUACGGCGGUAGCCCAGAGAAAAGGUGCACAUUUGUGCUUGAGCUGAUGGAUGAGCUGAGCAAGGCAAUUGGGGAAGACAACCUAGCGAUCCGGCUGAGUCCAUUCGGCCUGUUCAAUCAGAUCCGUUGCGACGAGCGUGUGGAGACCUGGACCACUCUCUCCCACAAGCUGAAGCAAGCCCAUCCGAAGCUGUCAUACGUGAGCCUCAUCGAGCCCCGAUACGAGCAAAUCUUCAGCGAAGCAGAGAAGCAGAGCUACCUGGACGCGUGGGGUCUUUCAACCGUGGAUCUUUCCGCCUUCCGGGAGAUCUUUGGUGACACUCCCUUCUUCUCCGCGGGCGGGUUUGAUGAUGCGAACUCCUGGGGAGUUCUGGAGUCGGGCCGCUACGAUGGUCUGCUGUAUGGGCGGUAUUUCAUCAGCAAUCCAGAUCUGCCCAAGCGACUCAAGGAAGGCAUUCCGCUGGCGAAGUAUGAUCGGUCGAGGUUCUAUGGGCCGUUUGAGGAUAACUCGAUCGGGUAUACUGACUAUCCGGCGGUGGAGCAGUAA